CAAGCCUUGACACACCCAGGCUACAUGUUUAUCUCGCCCCGUGCGAUUGGUCGGCCCUGGAUCCCACCACACGACGACCUCGGCGUCAACUGCACGAGACAGAGUGACCCGAGCACACACGUGGACAGCUGGCCUGCCUCAGUCGCUCCUGUCAAACAUUUUUUCCCCUGUGAGUGGCUGCAGGGAAAGCAAGAGAACCGGAAAUAAAAGAGAAAUAAUCCCAGCGGCCUGCAGAUGGGUACCCGACACAAAAUGGCAGCUGCUCUACUCGUGUGUGUUUUAUUCAUUUCAUUACAAGCCUCCAUGGCGGCGGAAGUUAAGGACCCUGACAUGAUCAACACUGAACGUUCACAUCACCUCGCCAAACGUUCGUUAGUGAGAGUUAUCGUCACUGCCAACAUAUCCGACAUUCCCAGUAUCGUGGCUCAGGCGCCGGUCAACACCAUCGUCCCCACGAUGGCUCUGCUGAACGAGUCGAUGAGGAUGACAGUGAUGAUGGCUUUGCCAGGGUCUCUGAUCCUGUUGAUAUCACAGAAGCUUCCGCAGGAGCAGCGAGGACAACUGUUGGGUUUACUGCCUCCUGAAGGAGUUAUCUCUCUGGCACAUCUUCUCAGCAGGACGAGCUGGGAGAACUUUUGUCACUUCUUUCUUCGGACAGCAUCGUCAACCUUACCAAAGCUCUCUCCCAGGAUCAGCUCGGGGGCCUCCUCAUGUCCCUUUCUUCGACAGCAUCGUCAACCUCACGAACACCCUUGACAAAGAUCAGAACAUGGAGAUCAUCCGAAAAAUUACCCCGGCGUCUCUUCUUCAUAUCCUCAAAUCCCUCGAUAAAGAUCAGAGUGUUCACGUGCUAGAUCGCCUUCCGCCGGCAGGUGUCGCCAACCUCACCAUUGCGCUGUCUGACGCUGAUUUGACGCAACUGCUGGCGUCCUUACCUCCAGCAGCAGUGGGCAAUCUUGUCCUCUCCUUCUCCCAGGAUGCUGUGCAGGUGCUUUUAAAACGACUUCCAGACCACUCCAUCAUGAACCUGACAGAAUCCCUGACGGCGGACCAGCUGGCAAAGCUUGCCGCAAUCUUGCCGCCAGAUACUGUGCACAACCUGACCACACUGCUGCCUACUGAAAAAGUUGCUGAAAUCGUGGCUCUGCUACCAGGGCAGAACUUGCAAAGCUUGCUCUCUGAAUUUACAUCUCCUGAGCUGGAGAAAAUUCUGUUUGCUCUUACGUCCUGAACAAGUGUCCAAUGUGCUACAAAAACUUCCGGCAGAAGGGUUGUCGUUCUUGCUGAACACCCUGCCUGUCCCUGUUGUCCUCAACGUGACCCUUGACCUACCCGACGAAGUGCUGGGUAAUGUGUUGACAGCCCUGCCCAUCGACGAGGUGAUCAAGCUCAUCCACACGUUUCCCCUAGAGGCUGUCAACUCACUGGUCCCCAAAGGCUCCUGUGUCUCUUCUGCUCGACCUCACCAAGAAGCUGCCUGCUGACUUCAUCUUCUCGCUCUCCAUACAAAGCAUCCUGGGUACUAUCAUGAACAUACCACGAUCGCAACUUUUUUCGGUGCUAAACCAACUGAUUCCUGGAGGACUAAACACUUUGACGACCAUGCUGUCGGGUAUUUUAGAUGAUUCCUUUCUCCAAAGCAUCAUCCAGAGGAUAUCCAGGCACUUCUGAAGUCCAUUCCCACAGACAUGGUAACCAACCUUCUUCACAACUUGCUGCCUAAGGUGCUGCAGACGAUGGGCAAAGGCCAAGACUUUCAAGCUCUUAUUGGGAAACUGCUGACUCCGGACCUCGUGAAGUCGUUAGGAGACCUGUUGAAAGACCCAUCAGUAUCAAACUCCAUUUUUGGCAGUCUUGGUGCUUUGGUGAAAGCUGUGCCUUGACAGACAUGCUUGGGAUGGGAGGAAAGUUAAUACCUCAGAUCCCCAAGUUGCUUGCCGAGGCUUUGGGCGAUGCGGCCAGCAACAUGAGUCUGAGCGCAGCCACUUCCGGGAUGCAACAGUGUGUCCUUGACCUUCAGCUUUUCCUGGGUGACCUGUCUGAGGGUCAAGACUGGGCUAUUCAGAUGUUCGAUGCCUUUGGAAAGCCAGGUCGAGCUCUUCUGAAAGGCAACACUCACAUGUUGGGCAACAUGGAGCAAUGUCUGAACAUCAGCCACGUUGUCCAGAACAGUAACACCAUCUCUCGUCGCAUCAAAGGAAAUUAUUGUGGAGCACAGAUCAUUGCACCCCUGGGGUUCUACCACCCACACCCGGAAAGGGCAUUCUACCUGAGGUGACACUCAGCUUGUAUGGCUGCCUGCCAGACUCCUGUCAUGACACAGACAUCAACCAGUUUCUGUCAACUGUGAGCUUCCCUCUCAACAUCAGCAUCCCGGACUUCUGGUGUAGUCAGGAGCCGACCUUGUCGACCUCUGACCCGGCAGCUGUCGUCGCCAUCUGUAUAUUGAUCGUCAUCGCCAUCCUCGUUGUCGCUGGCACUGUUGUCGACGUCGUCUACGGCAUACGGGAGGAAAAUGACAGCACGCGCCACUUCAGCGAGAACCUCAACAUGGCUUUCGAGAUGAACGACAUCACCUGCGCGGACACCACGACGACAACCUCAAAAAAAGAAAUGGUGACGAGCCUCUCUAACGGAGGUGCUAUCACCCCCCUGCCCACGGACGACGACUCUGUCCAAGACUAUGGGAAAGAAGGCCUCAGCGUCAAGAACGUGCUGCUGGCCUUCUCGUUGCCACGCAACGCCGGCGCCAUCUUGAGUACUGACUCACGUGAUGAUGACGUCAUGUGCUUGCACGGCCUCCGCACCCUGUCCAUCUGCUGGGUGGUCGUCGGUCACUCCUUCUACUUCAUGGCUCUCUUCUUUGAGAAUGGUCUGACAGCAGCAGAAGCUCUUGAAACUGUCCUUGGCCAGGUUGUUAUCAACUCUACAUUGGCUGUUGACACUUUCUUUGUUCUCAGCGGCUGUUUGACCGCCUACCUGUCUCUGCUGACCGUCAGGCAGGACGAAGGUGUGUCGGCCAAGCGAGUGGGUCAGUUCUACCUGCACCGGUAUUUACGGAUAACACCAACAUACGGUAUCUUCAUCAUGUUCUGCACGUGUCUCCUGCCAUACUUUUCGGGAGGUCCUGACUGGUGGAGGAAGAGUACAGAGUACUACAGCAGCUGCCGUUCUUACUGGUGGACAAAUAUUCUCUACAUCAACAACUUCUACCGCAGCCACGACGACCAGUGCGUUCCCUGGAGCUGGUACCUGUCGGCCGACAUGCAGCUUUACUGGCUGGCCCCCAUUCUCCUCCUCUUCCUGGCUGCAGGUUUCAGAAUUGUUGGCGGCCUCCUCAUCUGCGGUGUGGUUGUGAUGCACAGCGCCUUGACUGCUUACUUAGAGCAAAGUGUCAACGGAGAUUUUCUGAGAAAUGCCGAUGACUUUUCAUGGAACGUCUUCCAGAAGACAUAUUGUCGAUGUGCUCCUUACGUCCUUGGCCUUGGUGUGGGGUACAUCCUGACCAGGGUCAAGGGAUUCUACACCAUGUCUCGAGCGACUCGCAUCAUCGGGUGGAUCUGCACCCUGGCACUGACGAGCACGACGACGUUCAUUAAAUACGACGAGAACAGCAUCAUGCUUGAUCACCCUUUCUACUGGUCCGAGCAGUCACGUGCCGUGCACGAGGCCCUGUUUAGGACUGGCUUCUCGUUAGCCGUGUGCUGGAUCAUCUUCGCAUGCGCAACCGGAAACGGAGGGUUCAUCAACUCCAUUUUGUCAUGGCGGGGAUUCCUGCCCUUGUCUCGCUUGUCCUUCUGUGUGUACUUGCUGCACCCGAUGAUCAUGCUGGCGGACAUGUGGACAUCGCGCAUCCCUGUCUUCUUCACCAUCAGCUACGUGUUUCAGCGAUCUUUCGGAUACCUCUUCAUGUCUUUGGUCUUCAGCUUUGUCCUAUCGGCGGCAGUGGAAAAACCUGUGUCAUCAAUAGAGAGACUGUUUUAUAGGAGGGGCAUUGUCACAGAGAAGUCCCUCUGAGAAAAAAAUCCCCGUUGCACAAAAAAAGAGAAGAAAGAGUGGAGGCAUAAAUGAGAAAAAAAAAGACGAAAGAAAAAUCGAUGGAAGAAUGAUGAAUGAGAGGGAGGGAGAGAAAGAAAAAUAAGGAAAGAACAAUGAAAGAAAGAAGAAGGGAGGGAAGAUUAUGGUAUGGGAAGGAAAAAAGAAAAGGUAGGAGAGGGUUGGAAAAAGUGCGAUGGUGUGAAAAAAGAGAAGAGACAGUAUUGGAGAAUGUCAGAGAGGAACAUCAAGAUGGAGGGGGAGAAAGAAUGAACCAGGAACGUGAGAGAGGGAAAGAGGGGGAGAAACUAGAGGGACAAAAGAUGAGAUGAAGAUGAGAACUGAUGUGUGCGAGCCACAGAAUUAGAAGAGAUUGAAUGAAUGUUAAAGAUAUUUCCUCACCUAUUAUUGUCAUAUUGUGUUGCUCACGCUCAUCCACUUUAUUGCUUAGGUGCUUUGACAUUUUCAUUUUUCAAAUAAAUGUUGUUGUUUCGACUUU